AUGCCGCCACCUCUGGACUGUUCUGACUAUGAUUUCCCACUCGGUGAGGAGGUGGCCUUUGGCUCCUGCACUCCGCAGCUGCAGAGUAGUGUGCUGGUGCAGGUGCCCCCACAGCACCUGUCUUCCUCUGAGCCGUGCUGGAGAGACCUGGCUGACCAGCGCCAGAAAGCAUUGGGAGAUGCCCUGGAAGCAAACAGCCAGCUGCAGGAGACCCUCACACAGAGGCAGGAAGAGCUGGUGACACUGCGGGAGAGCAACGUGCAGCUGAAGGAGCUGGCGACUCAGGCCAGGAAGCUGGCGGCUGUCCUUGACACGCUGAUGCUUCCGCAAAGCGCCGACGGCACAGCCCUUUCUUCUCCUCCUCGUCCUCCUCUUCGUCCUUUACCUCCUCCUCCUCCCUCCGCUGCUGCCGCCUCCGCGGCCCCGGCCGGGAGCGGCCUGGAGGGUGCGGAGGGCGUGGACGCCAUGCUGCGCGCCGUGUCGGAGAAGUGCCGAGCCGCGCUGCGGAGCCUGGGGGGCAGCUCGGGGGGCAGCCCCGGGGGCAGCCCGGGACACAGCCCGGGACACAGCCCCGGACGCAGCCCGGGACACAGCCCGGCAGGCAGCCCCACAGCCAAGCGCCCGCGGCCGGGCCCGCGGCUGCACGGCGCGUUCCGCGGGCUGCGCACCGGCCGCGCCGCGCCGAGCCCGCCCGGCGGGGCGCUGGACGGCGGCGGCAGCCUGCGGGCCGCGCUGGGCGAGCCGGGCGCCAUCCGCACCCUGGCCUUCCCGCAGGGAAACGCCUUCACUCAGCGCACCGCCGCCGGCGGGCACCGCUUCCGAUGGGUGCCGCGCUGA